AACCCUUCGCUUUUUUAUGCUUUCUGCUGCUUCUCGUUGCUUUUAAAAACGGUGUCUUUGCUUUGCUUUGGGAAGCUUGAGGCAUCGAAAAGCUGCGGUUUAUGAUGCCAGCGGUGAGCCCCGAUCAAUCUGAUCGGGAUUCAGAGCCGUUUGUGGAGGUAGAUCCGACUAGAAGAUAUGGCCGGUACAAUGAACUGCUUGGCUGUGGUGCAGUGAAGAGGGUGUACCGUGCUUUUGAUCAGGAGGAGGGCAUAGAGGUGGCUUGGAACCAGGUGAAAUUAAGGGCUUUUAGUGAUGACAAGCCAAUGAUUGAUCGGCUUUUCUCUGAAGUUCGAUUGCUCAAGACUCUUAAGGACAAGAACAUCAUUGCUCUGUACAAUGUGUGGCGAGAUGAGGAUCAUAACACCUUGAAUUUCAUAACUGAAGUGUGUACAUCUGGUAAUUUGAGGGAGUAUCGGAAGAAGCAUAGACAUGUUUCCAUGAAGGCACUGAAGAAAUGGUCAAAGCAGAUUUUGAAGGGUUUAGACUAUUUGCAUAGGCAUGAACCCUGUAUUAUUCAUAGGGAUCUCAACUGCAGUAAUGUCUUCAUCAAUGGCAAUGUGGGUAAGGUGAAGAUCGGUGAUUUUGGAUUGGCAGCAACAGUGGGGAAGAGCCAUGUAGCACAUUCAGUGCUUGGAACACCAGAAUUCAUGGCUCCAGAGCUAUAUGAAGAGGACUACACAGAACUAGUAGACAUAUACUCAUUUGGUAUGUGCUUUCUAGAGAUGGUCACAUUAGAAAUCCCAUACAGCGAAUGUGACAACAUCGCCAAAAUAUACAAAAAGGUGACAUCUGGGGCUAGACCUCGGGCCAUGGACAAGGUCAGGGACCCUGAGGUGAAGGCAUUCAUCGAAAAGUGCCUGGCAAAGCCAAGGGCAAGACCCUCAGCUUCAGAGCUCCUCAAUGACCCAUUUUUCCAUGGAAUCGAUGAUGACGAAAUUGACAACAGUGAUAGUUAGUUUGUUCAUGCUAAUCUACAUCCCUUCAAAAGUAUUUGCUAGGCCAUUCUUUGGUUGUCCUUUUUCACUUCUUUGUUUUGGGUUUGUUGAUUGAUAAUUUGGAGGGAUAUGGGGGAGGGUGGGGGCUAUGGCUUUCAAAUGUUAUUGUUUUGUUUGUUUAAGAAUACAGAAACGGGAUAGGUUUGAAGGGAAAAAAGGACACACAUGGGGAAAGUUGUGAUUGACUUGUGGAGGUGUCUGUGUUCUUUUGUAAAUAUUGUUUUCACACGUAUAUAUUAUAUGAAUUUAGGGGAAGUGUCGGAUUUCUUCUUCCAGCAAGCAAUUGUAUUGUUUUCAUAUCAUUGAGAUCAA